CAGAAGACUGAAAGGUGUGGAAAAUAAACCGAGCGUAAACCCCGAGUUCCGUCUUGUCCAGUGGUCAAGUGAUGCUUCGCUUCCCGACAAGGUUACUUCAUUGUCUACGUAUGCCUCUAUAUAUCAAUCGCACUAAUCCACAUAGGCAUAGUAGAACACGAUAGGCUCUACAGCAAACAGCAAAAUGACUGCAAUAAACCCACCUGCCUUUACCCCCGAAGAGAAUCUCUUUGCCAAAGGCGAGGCCUUCUGGAACAACUACCUCAAAGGCAGACCAUCGGCCCCCGAUGUCUUUUUCGAGCGCAUCUUCAACUAUCACCAGGAACACAAUGGCCAAUUUGGUGUCAUUCACGAUGUCGGUGCUGGGAACGGGCCAUAUGCAAACACGCUCCGGUCCAAGUUCCAACAUGUCAUAAUUUCGGACAUCGCAGCGGAGAAUGUCUCUCUUGCUCAAGAUAGACUCGGUACAGACGGAUUCAGUUACCGCGCUGCCCGUGUGGAGGAGGGUGACGAUAUCCCCGACGGCAGCGUCGACAUGGUCUUCGCUACCAAUGUGAUGCAUUUCUGCGACCAAGAGCUGGCUAUGCAAGUCAUUGCGAAACAGCUCAAACCUGGUGGGACAUUUGCCUGUGCCGGUUUCGGGGGUGCUUAUUUUGAGGAUGACCGGGUUCGAGACAUCUACACCCGUAUCUACCACUGUGGUGGACGCGCCUUGUUGAAGAAUGCCGAUGAUCCGGCAAAGAUGAUAGGGGCUAUGGCUCGGACUCAUGGGGCGUAUAACGUCGCUCCACUAGAUGAGGCACUGUUCCUACCGGGGGCACAGCGGGUUCACCUCAACAUGCAGCACCAAGGCAUCGCGGCGCCCUUGCCGCCGGAGGUCGAGGUGACCGAGCCGCUACACACAGGCGUCGAAGAUGUCCAGGUAUUCGAGAUGGAGGAUGGGUGGGAUUUUGAGACGGAUCUGAACGGCCUCCGAGAGCAUAUCGAAUCAUUCCCGUUUGCUAAUCAAGACCCUGUGGCUUUUGCCGAGUUGUGGCUGGAGAUGGAGGAAGUUGUCAAAGACCAGACGGUCAAAGGACAAUGGCCAGCAAAGGUCAUUCUGGCUACCAGGCGUUGACGUCUGGGUAGACCAAAGCAGCAGUGAUAGUAUCACAUGAUCAGCCGCUAUAUUUUUGCAAUUCAUCAAUGAAAGCACUUGCAUGCAUGUAUACACAGCACACUGUAGACUGUAGAUAGAACUGAGCAUGGCUAGGCAGCUGAAAUCACAAAAAGCAAGCAUUAAUUCCUCAUCUCGGGCCAGAAUCCCAUCGGCAUGGUCUAUUUUGAAA